AAACAGAGCUAACGUUUGAGAGUGAUGAAAGUUUUUUUUUCCUCUUUGUCUCGAUGCUGCCCCUGACCUGCUCAAUAUUUCCAACAGUUUAUGCUCCAGUGAAGUGGAGGCUUCUCCUCUGCAGAGACAGAAACUUCUGGUAAAAGUGUCAACAACAGCGGCCCCGAAAGGGAAGGGGGUGACGUCAUCUGACCCGCAGCCGGGAGUCUGUAAACAGGUUCGGGACGGCUCACAGAGCCGGGGAGAGACACUAGUUCAGCGGAUAAAAGCAGCCAGAUUACUGGUGCUUCAGAUUAACCUGGAAUUAGAACUGUGGACAGAUAUAAAUAAGUCGUAUACCCAGUACGUUUGUGGAGUUUCCCUGCGCGGUAUUUGGUGAUUAAAGUGAUGAUGUGAAGCAGAUUCCCCCCUUCCAUGCAGUGAAGUGGAAGUUCCCGGGCAGUUUCCGGUGGAAGGCCCUGAGCCGCGAGCGUAGAUGAAGCAGCAGCGGUGAGACAGUGAGAGGAGGGAGGAAGAGUCGCUGCGGCCUGGGCUGCUGAUCGGCGGAUAACACAACCAGCACCAAAACUAAAAGCGGCAUUUAAACCCUAGAGAGAGGUGAGGGGAGGCUGGAGAUUGGCGGCGGAGCGGCUGCCGGGCGAUGGCUCUGUGCGGAGCGGCGGCGGCGGCUGUGGCGGCGGCUCUGCCGUGCGAAGUCAUCGUUCACAUCUUCUCCUUCCUGUCCCCCUGGGACCGGCUCCGGGCCUCGUCCGUCUGCUCCAAGUGGCGCGAGUGCCUCUUCUACCCGUCCCUUUGGCCGGAGUUGCGCCUCCGCCUGCGCGGCUCGGCCGCCGAGCGCUGCCGCCUCGACUUCCUCAUGAAGAAAUGCGGCUCGUUCGUGCGGGAGCUGCGGGUGGAGUUUGAGAGCGGCGGCUCCGAGAGUGCGGCGGCCGUGCCGGGGCUCGGCGGCGGGGGGCUGGACACCCUCAAGACCUACAUGGAGGAGGUGGUGUGCGUGUUGAAGAGCGUCAGAAGCAACCGCAACCUGCAGAAACUGAGCGUGUUCGGGGACAUCUACCUGCAGGAACAGGAGGAGAAACAGUCACACGAAAUCCAACAAUUGAUUGAAGAGGUAUUGGGAAAUUCCAAACAUCUGAAAUGGCUCUCCCUUGGGUUUAUGCUGGAGGUAGUAACUCCCACAACAUUAGCAGCUUUGCCUCAGUCCAGUGCCAAUCGCAUUGAACACCUGAGUCUCCUGGAUACCCACUUUAUUAAUAAAUCCCCAGUUAUUGAGGCAGUUGAGCUGGAGCGCUUUUUAAACCUGCGAUCACUUGCAUUGGAUUUCUGCGAUUUUACUGCUGAAGUAACACGAGUACUCGCCAACAGCAACCAUGUGCCUUUGCAUAGGUUGUCUCUUGUAAUACAUCAUCUCUCGAUGUCCAACAUACAAGUGUUAGAUAACAUGCCACAAGAUGCAGAUUGGAAGGUGCUUACCAGGCACUGUGCAAAUCUUCAUGUUUACAUCAUGGCUUUUAAUGUCAGGAAUGACAUUUUGCUAAGAAUUCUGAAGCCAAGCAUACCUUUAGAGAGAAUUCACUUUGACAGCUCAACUAAUGGUGUUUCAGGUGCUGUGGUAGAUCUCAUAUCCAGGCAGUAUGACAAAUCCCUUACCCACUUCCUCCUAAUAAAGGAUGUAGAGCAAGGCAUCAAUGGUUUUCCGGAUCUCAGCGACAACCGAAAUGAAGACCCCUUGGUACUUUUGGCAUGGAAGUGUACAAAACUUUCACACCUCUCAAUCCAUGGAUAUGCUGUUUGGGCCCACAACCUCAUUGCUAUCGCUCGGCUUCGUGGACCAGAGCUGCAAGUCCUGGAAGUGACUGAGGAGAGCAUUAAUUUUGACGAAGAUGCAAUGGCUGACUUGGAUGGGGAUCCUGUGCAUAAUCUCAUUGAAGAAGUAUCCUUAGGUUUAGGAAAGCGGUGGCAUCCAGUAAUGAAAAAUGAAAUUCUUUAUGUUUUCAGUGAGACCACUCGUUAUUUUUACAAGGAGAUGCAGCGCUUCAGUGAAGGCAUUUAGCAUUUCAAACUUUGUGUAUUAGAGGGCCCUGCAUUUUUCAAUAAUUUAACAUUUACAUGUGCUGUUAAUUAGUAUUAGUUAUAUAUACAUGUGUGUAUCCUGCUUAAUCUGUAAAAUGUAGUUGGUAUUGGUUUAGAAGUAGAUGUGGCAAGAGUCACUGGAUUUUCUCUGUCAGCGCCUGUGUCAACUGCCAAAGAAAACAGAAUGAAGAAGUGCCCACAUGCUGGCAGGGGCGGGCCAAUGGCUGGUCAGCCAGAACCUACGAGUUUAAAAGGUCGAAUUUUCGACCUGCGGUACACAGCUGUGCUGUGGCUCAGUCAACAACUUUACAGCUCUUAAACGAACGUGCACCUGGUUCACUGUGAAUAGUGAAUACAAAAAAUCAGUUCUAACAAAGCUAUGAGCUGCUGCUAUGAUUUUGAGAACAUUCCACUAGGAUAACUUUUAAAAUCUUGUUAAAGCAAGAGGCUUUAAAAGCCGCAAUGUUCAGGGCAACCGCGGGUACAGUCGUGGUCUCUGUGAGACUAGCACCUGACCCCAGUUUUAAGUGGUACGAAUGUUGUGCAUUUAAUGUAAAGGACAGCCAGUAUUACUCAGUGUGGCCAUCAUGCUGCCUAGCAGUGCUGUGACCUGGCUGCUUUGUAUAAGCUUGUAAAACAAAUUUACUGUAUGCAACAUAUGUCAAGAUUCUAUUUAUGAAGAAAGUGUGAGUGGUGAUUGUUUCAAAUGGUUUUACCAUCUUGUGUCAAUGAUGCAUUUUGACAGGUGUGCAUUAUGUUGCAUGUCUCCAGUGAUUAAUGCACUUACCAUGCGGAUUUUAUAUGUACAUCUGUAGAGUGGAUCCACUGGUGCAAUGUAUGAAAAUGCCAGAUGUGGUGAGAUUUUAUCAUUGAAUGAGAUCAUAUGAAAUACUGACAGAAAAUGUGAGGAAAGCAGUUGAAUGUUAAAUUAAUGUUUAAGUUUGUGUUGACUGCUGAUUGUUUUAAUCUAUCAAUAAAGCAUUCAAAUGUCUUAUUUA